CGGGCAUUGCCCUUUCAUUAUUGAGUUGAGUUUCUGAACGCAGCGGUCCAUCCGAAAAUGGCGGAUUGUGUCAAACAGCUCUAAAACGUGUAAAAUAAUUGUUUUAAAAAAAUCGUGAAUUUUAAGUGAAAAUGUGAUGUUAAUGAAUUAAAAUAUCUGGUGCAGUGUCGUUUUAGUGUUUUGCAAUAUGUGCCGGACAGGGAUGUGUCUUUUCGGCAUAGGAAAUUGGAUUUUCUUAGUGGCUUGCCUGUUGUUUACAUACGUUGAAGGUAGCGAAGACCUCGACCCAGGUCUAAUCUUCAGCACGGAGCCUCAAGACGCGGUGGUACUCGAAGGAGACUCGGUGACGUUAUCGUGUGUUGUCACGUCGCGACACUCGCCCAAGGUCAGCUGGAGGCAUAGCGUCAACGGUUCCCCGACUAGGGACCAUGGAAUCUCUUUUGGAGAUAAGCAUAGGAGACAGCUGGCGAACGGGUCGCUGGUGGUGGAGAAAAUGUCGGCGUCUCUGGCGGGAGAGUACCAGUGUGUCGCGACUGCCGGCGGGAUUGGCACCAUUGUCUCACGAUUGGCUACGGUUUUCCUUGCUGAGUUGCCGCUCCUUAUACCGGGGCCUCGAUCAGUGCUGACCGCUGUGGGCGACACAGCCCUGCUCACGUGCACCAUGCGGUCUGUUGACCCUCGUGUAGCGCUUCGAGUCCAGCCGCUGUCCAGCUCCCCGCCAGACAGGAGGGUAUACGGCUCCACGAGGGUCCAUUAUUCUCCGCCUACACUCAAAGUUAAUGUGACCUGGCUGAAGAACGGGUCCCCGCUGCGGCUGGAGACGGGCCGCGUGUCGCUGGCGGGCAGCGGCGCGCUGGAGCUGGACGCGCUGCGGCCGCACGACCAAGGGCUCUACGCGUGCCGCGUCGCCAUCGACGCCAACACUUUCACUACUGGCGCUCCGACGGAGCUGGUGGUGAGCACAGAGACGGCGACCGUGGAGUCUCCGCCCAGAUUCAUUGCGACGCCGCACCCUCUCACUGUGCUAGAAGGUGCAUCUGCGACGUUCGACUGUGCAGCAACAGGCAAUCCUAAACCAGAAAUCACUUGGCUCAAUAAUGGUAUAGCCAUUGAUCUUAGCGACCUGGACUCGCGGCUGUACCUGUGGGGCGCGGGGUCGCUGCGCGUGCAGAGCGCGCGCGCGCCCGACGCCGGCGCGUACACGUGUCGUGCCGGCAACCGCCGCGACUCCGCCGACCACAGCGCCGCGCUGCUCGUGCUCACGCCGCCGCGCGUGAGCCUGCCGGCGGGCCGCGUGGUGAGUGCGCACGCGCGCGGUGACGUCACGCUGCGCUGCGACGCGCGCGGCCGGCCGCCGCCCGCCGUCAGCUGGCUCAAGGACGGCGAGCCCAUCACGCCCAACAACCACGACAUCGCGAUCGUCGACGGCACGUCGCUGCGCAUCCAGGGCGUGCUGCGCGUGGACGCGGGCAUGUUCUCGUGCAGCGCGCGCUCGCGCGCCGGGCACGCGCAGGCCUCGCUGCGGUUGCUGGUGCUGCCGCCCUCCGACGCCCUCCCAUAUAUCCCCACAACCGAGCCGGACUACCCGGAGUCGACCUGGUCGGUAGAGUUCCUAGGGGAGACGUCGUCAGCGUUCACGUCCCCCCCUCCCCCCCCUGACAUAGAGAACGGUUUGACAGAGCCGCGGCUGGCCGAGCUGCCGCAGAACGCGAGCGCGGUCGCUGCGCCGGCGACCUUGAGGGCUGUGCUGGUUAAACAUCGAUUCGUGACGCUGAGCUGGCAAGAACCAGACACAAGGAGUGAAGAGCUCCUGGGGUACGCUGUUGUAUAUCGAGUGAAAGGAAGCGAGAGAGAAAGAGUGUCGCUGGGCAACGCUCAGCGGCACGAGAUGAACCUGCCGUCCCUCCCCAACACCACGUACCAAUUCUCAGUGCUGGCCUACACGGAGCACGCCAUGUCGCCGCCUUCGGAGACAAUAGAAGUGACGACCCCCGAAGAAGAACUGACCUACGGGCCCCCUCGAAACGUAAAAGUUGAGGCUGUGGGGCCUCACGCGCUGCGGGUCACGUGGGCCGCGCCCGAGACCGACGCCCCGGAGCCCACCAAAUAUCAGAUACAUUGUAGUGAGGUGGACAGUAACCGGGACCAAGUACAACUGGUAGAUGUGUCCCCCUCCACCCCCCUUACAGCGACCAUUGGCGGUCUCCGUGCGGCGGGGCAUUACAUAAUACGAGUUUCUGCAGAGGGCGGCGCCCCCAGCCCUGAUGUGGCGGCCAGUACUCCGAGUGAUGCCCCUUCAGCGCCCCCAGCUAACGUCACCGCUAUGGCCAGUGGUGCUAAUUCAAUCCUAGUCCGCUGGGACGCGCCCCCGCUUCGAACUCACCGCGGCUCACUCACGGGAUACAAAGUGAGAUAUCGCGCGCUCGCUCCCACCACCACCACCGCCACUAGGAGAAAGGCUGACUCCUUGACCACACCUGCUGAUGCGAGAAAAGCCGAGUUGAGAAACCUAGCCACCGCUACUACUUACCAGAUUCGAGUUUGCGCAAUAAACGUAAACGGUUCCGGUCCGUUCAGCGAAUGGGUUACCGCCAGCACUCAACAACAACAGUUGGACGAGAGUCGAGUGCCGGGGAAGCCCCCUCCUCUUACCACCCGCGCGGGCCGCAACUGGAUCUCGGUGUGGUGGUCGGACGAGGUCGUGUCAACCCCUGAGGUGGUGGUGCGCUCGUACUGGCUGGGCUGGGGGCUGGGUGUGCCCGAUGAGCACCAGAGACAACUGCCGCAUCACCAGCACUCCAGCGUCAUACAUAGUCUGGAACCGAACUCAGAAUACGUGAUAUCCCUCCGCGCCGCCAACUCCCUCGGGCCUGGCCCUCCGGUAUACGCGACGGUGAGGACGAAGCCUCCCGCGGCGGAGGGCGACGACCUCGAGGAGGAGGAGGAGGAUGACGAGAGGGGGGAGCUGGACGAGGAGGAGGAGGAAGACGCCCCGCCGUUGAUACCCCCUGUGGGGCUGAAGGCUAUAAUGUUAAGUGGGACUACAGCUGUGGUCUACUGGACGGACCCGACCCUCUCGAAGGGACAGGCGGUGACCGACGGCCGUAGAUACGUGGUGCGGUGGGCGGCGGCGGGCGGGGCAAGAGCUAAGACCUUCAAUGCUACAGACCUGAAUUGUAUGCUGGACGACCUGAAGCCCUAUACCACUUACGAGUUUGCUGUUAAGUUGAUCAAAGGCGGCCGCGAGUCCCCGUGGUCGAUGCUGGCCAGCAACACGUCGCUGGAGACGGCGCCGAGCUCAGCGCCGCGCGAGGCCCGCGUGUCGGCGACUGCGUCCGCGCGCGCGGCUGAGCUCAGCUGGGCGCCGCCCGCCCGCCCCAACGGCCGUCUCACCGGUUACGUUAUAAUGUACGCGAUACAACGUUCCGGAGCUGAAGAAUGGAUCGCAGUUUCGGUUCCCGGGGAUCGAACCCGGGCCCGCGUGGACAGACUGCGGCCCAGGACCACGUACAACUUUAAGAUACAAGCGAAAAACAGUAAAGGAUUGGGGCCCUUCUCGCAGCCCGUGUCUUACACCACUGCUAUGGAAUCGGGCGAGGGCGGGGGCCUGGCCAGCGCGACGUCGGCCUGGCUGUGGGCCAGCGCUGGCGGCGCAUGCGCAGUACUCGCGCUCGCCGCCGCGCUGGCGCUGUCUCUCUGCUGCCGGCGCGCGCAGCCGCCGCUGUCGCCGGACACCAGCACGUACCAGAAAUCUUCAGCGUCAGCGGCCAUCAAGCCGCCGGACCUGUGGAUCCACCACGACCAGAUGGAGCUCAAGCACAUGGACAAGAGUCUGCACAGCUCCGCUAGUAAGAUAUCGGCGGGAAGCACGGAGGGUAGCGCCCUAGUGGCAUCAACACUCACAUUGGGCCGCGCGCCCGCAGCCGAGUACGAGCCCGCGAGGAUGCAGCACCCGCCCGCCUCACUGGACAGGAGGCACUACGUGCCUACAUAUGUCGACCGCCGGUCGCCAUCUUGCGCGGGGUCGGACGAGACGCGCGCGUCUCCCGCGUCCGCCCUUUACGACAAGUAUAGGUGCGACCGGUGCGAAUACAAACCGAUGACGGGCGUGGGCGUGGGCCUGGGCGGGGCUGGGGCGGGGGCGGGGGCGGGCGGAGGCUGCGCCAGCACCUGCGACAGGAGGCACCGCGCGCCGCAUCCCGACCAGAGUACCCCGCUGCUGGCGGGCGUGGGGUCGCCGCAGUCGUCGCUGGCGUCGCUGCACCCACAGCUGGGGCAGCACCCGCCGCCCGCGCCUUGCGGGUCAGGCGCGUGCGCACUGGGCGGCGCAUGCGCGGCGCCCGCGGGCGGCGACAUCUACGCGUGCGCGGCCAGAGAGAGAGGGCACUAUGUGGCCUACGAACCUCUGGGACAUUAUACACACCGCGACUCGCUGAGCAGCGAGGCCCCGGCGCCCGCGGGCUCGCUGCAGCGCCCGCGGGCCCCCGCAGGGCUGCACAGCUUCGCGUUGCAAGACCCCAGUUCUGACCACAGCACACCGUCGCACUCCAGAGGCAGCGUGCGUGAGACGUCGCCGUACAAGAAGAGCGCCAGUUCUUCGCCUGGACACAUACCCAACAGGUUGCAGCUCGGGGCAGGCGUUCCCCACUGCGCCGAGGAGUUGGAACCCCUGACCCCCUCCAGGUCCACCGAGCGUCUUCACCGCGAAAUGCAAAACCUGGAGGGUCUAAUGAAGGACCUGUCGGCCAUCACGCAACAGCAGUUCCAUUGCUAGUGCUCAAAAGAUAUCGACCCAUGGACUGUGGGCUUCGACCCCUGGACCUCGUAUUUCAACCCCUCGAGUUUCGAUUUCAACCCCUGGGGGUGCAAUGAACCUAUGGAUUUUUAGGGCUGUUUCGAAGUGAUAUGUGUAAUGGAAGAUAAAUAUAAGUAAAUUCGAAGUUUUUCUCCCGUAUUUCAAACGGUUUGAAAAUAGGGGAUCAAUUUUCAAUAAUUGUUGCCCCGAUUUUUUUUAUAGCUUCAGAAAAUGGGAGUUGGUGUGAAUGGACGGACAUAAAAGCCUUUUGAAGGAAUUACGGAAUUAGAUUUUCGUCCCAAGUCAAUAUAAAUAUUUGAGUUUUAUUCAUGAAUAACUAAAGAUGAUAUAAUAGAUUAAUGUUGUUUAAAAAGAAACUAAAGUAACGAACAUUCCCUCCGGAACGAUCGGUCUGCUCUCCCGAUCAGUCUACUUGUCCAAAUGGUCUACUUUACCAGUUUACAAGUCUCUUUUUGAAUGACAUUGACAAGAAGGAGACAAACAUAUAUUCGUUUAGUUUUCAUGAAUAAAACGGUUAAAAAAACUGUAAAGGUUAUAAACAAUUAUUACUACAAGCGAAAUUUUAUAUCCUGAAACAAAAUGUUUGUAAAUAACAUAACUGAAUCGAAAUGUGGGGAUCUUUAGUCGCACAAUCGAAGUUCAAUUCAUAAAUUGACAACAAUUCUUUUAGAAUGUUUUAAAGAAAUUUCCGUUCGAAAACAUUUCGAUCGGUUGAUUUGUUUGAUUAAAAGUAAACUUUAACUAUAAAUAUAGAAAAUUAUUGAAAUUAGCUUCGAUAGUAUGAAAUCAGAUCAGUCUGACAACUAGGGAUGCCGACGACCGUGCGAACUCGAAACGCAUAAAUAGGGAAGCGGACACUGGGCUGAGGAAGAAACGGGGAAAUCUCUCGAUGUGUGAGAGAGAGAGAGAGCGUCAAAUCAGAUGGUUUCGUAUCAAAAGUAAACAUUUUGUUACUUCGAAACUUUAGAACUAAUAUUUUCACUAGUAUUUGAACCAACGAAAUAAAAAUAACGCAACGCAACUAACUAAAGAAAUAAAACUUUUAGAAAAUUUUUUUCUGAAUAACAAUAUUAAAAUCUAAGCUCAAAUUCUAGAAAGACUGUUAGGUAUUUCUAGACGAAUAAAUACUUCUAGAUAAUUGUGUAGACAAAGUAAUCUUUUCUAAUUUAAAUGUCAUUUUUGGCAAGUAAAAGACUUGAUGUUAUGAUCUCACGAUAAAUAUGAAUCUUAAAAGGCUUGUCCUUAUUUGAAAUAAAUUGUUAUUAAAAUUCUCUAACGGGUUUCAAAAUGUAACCCAAAAGAAAAAAAAAUAUCGUUUUAACAUCCUGUUACAUUACAUUGAUUUAUUUCAAAUAUGGCGCAACCGGCUGCGCCGUGAGCUGGGCCUAAAUAAUGAUUUGUUUAUAUUUCUGAAACUACUAAACAAAACUAGUGACAAAUAAA